UCUGAGGCGCCCGGCGACUUGGAGGCCCUGAAAGAUCUCUCCCUGUUCGACACGCCACAUCGAGGCUUCCCGGACCCCGGGAUGCUGGAUGUCGAGUACUCAGAGGACAGCCAGGAGGAGAGGGGUGGAGCCAGCCCGGAACAGGAGACCAAUCAGCCACCUUUGAAAGGGGGGGGCAGCUUCAAUCGAUCAGAGGCUGAGGAUGGUCCAGAGAGGGGGCCGACAGAGAGCAGCGCGGCCCCGGACGUGGGGGAGGAGGGUGGGGCCAAGAGACCGACGGAGGUGGCGCCACAGGAAUCAACGCAGAGCAGCUCCACCUCUCCACCCCUGAGACCCGAGACCAGCUCAGAGCCAGGCCACACCCCCAGCAGCCCCACAGCAAACCCAGCUCCACCCCUGCUGGUGUCUCUUGGAAACCCCGUAGAAGCGACCACAGUGAAACCCGCCACUCCAGCUGCUCCUGAACCUACCAGCAGACCCCCGUCAGACGCUGUGAAGCUGCUUCAGUCUGCAGCCGGAACUCCACCUUCCACCACCCACCUGACUGUGACCUCUGACCUUACUACCCCAACCUUGUCAGCAGCCAGCUUUAACGCUACGACGGCGACUGAGUCAGCAGCUUCAGCGUCACAGGUGGGAGGGUCAAACCGCGGUCCGGUGGCCGUCGUGGGCCCCGACAGGAGCCUGUCUCUCCCGGUGAGCCGCUUGCUGCUCAACGGCAGCGGCAGCAGUGACGACAGCGGCAUCGUCAGCUACCGCUGGGAGGCGGUCAGCGGGCCUCCCGGGCUGAGGCUGGACGACGCCGAUCAGCCCGUCGCCACGGCCUCAGGGGUUCGGGCGGGGCGCUACACCUUCAGACUGACCGUCGCUGACCAGGAGGGGGCGACAGACAGCGCCUCGCUGACCGUCAAAGUCCCAGAAGCCAGUAGCUUUCUUCCGGUCGCCCACGCCAGCGGCAGCCACUCGCUCACUCUGCCCAACAACUCUCUGGUCCUCAGAGGUUCGGUGACCAACGCCGAUCAGACCGCGGUCCACUUCCUGUGGAUCCGAGACAGCCAGAGUCCUGCUGCUGGGGACGUACUGUAUGGCUCGGAUACUCAGCCCUCGCUCUACCUCGCCAACCUGGUCGAAGGCACCUACCUGUUCCAGCUGAAGGUGACCAACGCGCAGGGGCGCUCCGGCUCCGCCACGGCCACUGUGGAGGUGCGACCAGAGCCCGGCGGCGGCGAGCAGGUGGAGCUGGAGAUGCUGGUGUCGGUGUCUCAGGUGAGCGUGGCUCAGAGAGACACGGUGGUCCGACAGCUCGCCGCUCUGAUCCACGUCCUUGACAGCGACCUCCACGUGCGAGCGCUGCAGGGACACUCCCACAUCAGCACCGUGUUGCGGUUCUCCGUGCACGGCGCCUCGGGGCCCCUCUCUGCCUCCCGAUUGGUCGGCGUGCUGCGCAGCCAGCUGCUCUUCGAGAAAAGCGACUACCUGCUGUUCAGAGUCCUGAGGGUGGACACCGUCUUGUGUCUGCUCAGCUGUUCGGGGCGUGGUCAGUGCGAUCCAAUCACCAAGCAGUGUGCCUGCGACCCCUUCUGGACCGAGAACCUGAUUCGUCGUUACCUUGGCGACGGAGAGAGCAACUGCGAGUGGAGGGUCCUGUACGUCAUCCUGACCAGCUUCGUGCUCGUCGUGCUCAUCCUGUCGCUCGGCUGGACGUUCAUCUGCUGCUGUAAGAGGAGACGACAGACCAAAGCGAGGAAGAAAACCAAAUACACCAUUUUGGACAACAUGGACGAGCAGGAGAGGGUGGAGCUCCGCCCCAAAUUCAGUAUCAAGCACCGCAGCACGGAGCACAACUCCAGCCUCAUGAUGUCCGAGUCGGAGCUGGACAGCGACCAGGACACCAUCUUCAGCCGCGACCGGCCGGUCCGCAGCAGGAACCGCAUCAGCACCGCGGCCGCCCGCAACGGCGACGCCUUCGGAUGACGGGGCGGCCGACCUCUCGCAGACGCAGGAUGGUGCAUUCUGGGACGUGUAUGAGGGACCACAUUACCCAGAAUUCCAGAGAAUGCUAACAUGUCCCAUUUCAAAGGACGCGAGGAACUCGAGACCUGGAGGAUGGACGCGUGUCUGCUCGGACAGAUAAGAGCGAGAGGGCGGGGCACGUCAGGCAUCGCAUCACACCACCGCCAUGUGCCCGAUUCACAGCUGUGAGCUCGUUAGCUAACAGAGCGCUCACCAGGAAACACGGCAGAGUCAGCUGACGACGGCGUCCGAUCCCAGCGACGGGAAAGAAGCCCGGGUCACAGACGCCGUCCGCCAGGUUCAACUUCAUCAACGUUUGUUGGCUAACGAGAAGCAGCGUGAAUCUGUGACGAAGGACGUGAAACACCAACACAGCUCGAAGUUACACAAACUCGUCUUUAAUGUGGUCAGAAUACAAAAUACACACGUGAACUUUGACCCCAUCAGCUACAGUUACAGAGACAAACAUUCAGGUAUUAAACUGCUACGAGAACGCUUCACAGGUAGACGAGUCGACAGGUUUGCACCCGUUCAUGUUUCCAUGGCUCGACGCGGCGCCCGGCUGUCGCUCUGUCGGCGCGUCGCUCAUCACGUGCACAAUUAGGAAUGAAUCAAGUUUCACGAUUCAGGAGGAUUCGUGCUGGAAGCUUUAUGGACGCUCGCUGAAGAAAAUAAUGUUUAAAACAGGUUUCAUCACAUUUAUUCAUUUUCAGUGGUCCAAUGUGGCGGUUUGUUAGCCCCUCCCCUUCAGUUUACAAUCCCUUAACACUGAUAGCAAAACCAGCCAAUCACAGCAGACAGGGCAGAUAAACAGACUGAGUAGCGCCUCCUACUGGUGAGUUUGGGCGGUUCAGAUAAGUUUAAACGCCCGUGUGGCGAGCGACUGGUUCGUGUGCUGCAGGGAGGCGGCGCUCUGACGGCGAGGCUGAAUUACUUCGUAAUGGUGAACUUUUGUGCUUUUCACGUAACUUUGUUUCGUGUUUAGUUUGGUGGGCGGGACCAUCGUGUAAUAUGACAAGCAUAAGCAGCCAAUCAGAAGCGAGGAGUGACAGCUGAUUCACAGUCCUGGUUGGACGUUUUUUAACCUGCAUGAAUUCAAACUUUAUUGAAGGAGUUAUCACGUGUUAAUAAAAGAAUCCGACGCCUCCACUGAGUCGCAGCUUUCGUCCCGCCUCCUCUUCCUCCUCUUCCUCCUCACGGUUUGAGGCCUCCAAAGCACACGUACUUCACUUCCAGGUACUCGUCGACGCCGUACUUGGAGCCCUCGCGGCCCAAGCCGGAUUCCUUCACCCCACCAAACGCGGCCUCUGCCGUGGACACCAGCCCCUCAUUGACGCCGACCAUCCCCACCUCCAACGCCUCCGCCACCCGCCAGAUCUGACUCACAUCCUGUGAGUAGAAGUAGCCUGAGAACAAAGGAGGAGGUUAGAACUACGAGGCACCGCCACGUGAACCUUUCUUCUCCAGGGUCAGACGUUAAAGUCGGCCACGCUGGAAUCGAGACGAGACGUCGCUAAACUGAUUUCCUGUCACACUUCCUGGUUUGUCCAUACGGGGCGGGGAAAAAGCAUAAUGAGGCUAAUUCACAGCUCUGAGUGCUCAGAAACCGACACGUCUGUGACGAUGCACGAUCAGCGAUCUGCAGUCUAGGAACCAAUCGGCUGCAUGCACGCAGGUGCACUCACCUGCCAGCCCGACGCUGGUCGCGUUAGCAAUAGCCAGAGCCUCCUCCUCCGUGUUAAACCUGCAGAUCAGACACAGGCGAGCUCAGACGGCGUCACAAUAAACGAGAAUCUGCGUCUAGCCGGGAUUAACCCCGCCUCGAUCAUCUGUGUGGACUCGCCUGAUGACGGGCACGAGCGGCCCAAAGGUUUCCUCCUUCGUGCACAGCAUGUCGGCGGUGACGUCGGCCAGCAGAGUCGGCUCCAUGAAGGAGCCAUCGAGGCGCUUCCCGCCUUUUACCACCUUCGCCCCGCGGGACACGGCGUCUGAAAUCUGAUGUAGCACCUGGGGGGCAGAGAUGGCGUUCAGCGGCGUGCUGGUGCGGUCUUUAAACAAACUUCAGUCAUUUAUCGUCGGCAGUAAUGUGUCAUGUAAUUAAUAUAUCCUAAUAUCCUUAUUUUCUUAUAUUGUUUUAUGUAUUUUAAUAAUGAAGGUUUGUAGACGAGGCCACAGACUGAAACAGGAAGUGUGGAGCUGCACAGCAUUAAUAAAACAGGAAGUCCGACAGAAAAGAGGAACUAUGAGCAACGUUUGUAUUGAAGCUGUGACGUGUAAAGUACCAGAAUAACACCUGUAUGAGACACAGGUGUUAUUCUAAUGUUAGAGAUCCUGUAACUGGCGUCUGGGCUGUGCAGCUCUCUGAUUGGAUAAAAUAAAUAAAUGUUGUAACACUGA